UACCAGCAUUACACAAUGAUUUAUAAUUACACCACCAAGCCGGAGCCUCCAAGGUGCACAGGGAGGUUCAAUGCUCGGAGUCUGCGUUUCUCUCGUUCUAUGGUCUUUGCCAUUGAUGAAAUUAACAACAGCAAAGAGCUGCUGCCUGGCAUCCGACUGGGAUAUCGGAUCUAUGACUCAUGUGUCUCGGUACCUGUGGCAGCGCAUGUUGCAUUUCAGUUAACAAAUGGCCUAGAUCCUUUAUUUUACAAAGGCAGUAACUGUUCACAGUCUGGUGUAAUUAUGGCUGCUGUGGGAGACUCUGCAUCCACUCCAUCUAUCAGUAUAUCACGGAUCAUUGGAUCGUUCAACAUUCCUUUGGUAAGCCACUUUGCCACUUGUGCCUGCCUUUCGGACAAACAGCAAUUCCCAACUUUUUUUAGAACUAUUCCUAGUGAUCAUUUCCAAGCGGAUGCACUGGCUAAACUUGUGAAAUACUUUGGAUGGACUUGGAUAGGUGUUGUCCACUCAGACUCAGAUUAUGGAAACAAUGGCAUGGCAUCUUUUCUUGAGGCAGCAGUUAGAGAGGGGAUCUGCGUGGAGUAUAUUGAAUCUUUUUUUAGAACAGACCCACAGAGAAAGAUCCAAAGAGUUGCAGAUGUUAUCCGUAGAUCCACAGCUGUGGUUGUUUUAGCGUUUACAGCUAUCGGAGAAAUGAAUGUCUUGUUAAAAGAGCUUGCCCGGGACCCUCCUCCACCUCGUCAGUGGAUAGCAAGCGAGGCCUGGGCAACUGACCCAAACCUGAUGAGCUUCAGUUUCUGUGCAGGAACCAUCGGAGUAGCUAUUCAGCAAUCUAUAAUCCCAGGUUUGAGAGAAUUCCUUUUGGAUCUCGCUCUGCCUGAAGUGGCUGCUUCUUCAGCACUGACUGAAUUCUGGGAAGAUGCAUUUAACUGCAGCCUGAGUGAAAGUGCUGAUCCAGACAAGAGAGUGUGUAAUGGAGCUGAAGAUAUUAAAUCCCUUAAAAGCCCAUACACUGAAACGUCACAGUUGCGGAUCACUAACAUGGUGUACAAGGCUACAUAUGCAAUUGCACAUGCGAUUCACAAUGCAGUGUGUAACAAAACAAAUACAAUGACACAAUGUGAGAAACACACCAUACUGGGGCCCAAACAGGUUUUGGAAGAAUUAAAGAAAAUAAAUUUCUCUAGAAAUGGAUACCACGUGUCAUUUGACGCUAAUGGGGAUCCAAUAGCUUUUUAUGAAUUGGUAAACUGGCAAAGGGGUGAGAGCGGAGUUAUUAAACUGGUAACAGUGGGAUACUAUGAUGCAUCACUGCCAAAGGGCCAAGAGUUUCGUAUCAACAAGAACCUUACCUGGCUGGAUGGUGGGACACAAGUACCAGAAUCAGUGUGCUCUCAAAGUUGUCCUCCUGGAACUCAUAAAGUGCUGCAGAAAGGAAAGCCCAUCUGCUGUUAUGAUUGUAUACCAUGUCCUGAGGGGGAGAUUAGUAAUAAGACAGAUUCCAUUGAUUGUUUCCCUUGUGCCAAAGAAUUCUGGCCAAAUAUGGAGAAAGAUGAGUGUCUCCCCAAACCUGUGGAGUUUCUUUCCUUCACCGAAGGCUUGUCAAUCAUCCUGGCUGUAUGCUCUGUUAUUGGGGCCUGUAUGGCCAUCAUUACAGCCGUGAUUUUUUUAAAUCAUAGGACGACUCCAAUUGUCAGAGCUAACAACUCUGAGCUGAGCUUCCUACUGCUCUUCUCUCUGACUCUGUGCUUCUUAUGUUCAUUAACUUUCAUUGGAGCACCUUCUGAGUGGUCCUGCAUGCUGCGGCACACAGCGUUUGGCAUCACCUUUGUUCUCUGUAUCUCCUGUGUUCUUGGAAAAACUAUAGUUGUUUUGAUGGCUUUCAAGGCUACACUUCCAGGAAAUAAUGCCAUGAAAUGGUUUGGUCCCCCACAGCAAAGAAUUACAGUAGUGUUUCUUACGUUUAUUCAAGUUAUAAUAUGUACACUCUGGUUAGUUCUGAGUCCUCCUUUCCCAGUGAAAAAUCUAACCACCCACAAGGAGAAGAUCAUCCUGGAAUGUGCAUUAGGCUCUGCUGUUGGUUUCUGGGCUGUGCUUGGCUACAUCGGCAUACUUGCUGUUUUUUGCUUUGUGUUAGCGGUUCUAGCUCGGAAACUACCUGAUAAUUUCAAUGAAGCCAAGCUGAUCACAUUCAGCAUGUUGAUAUUCUGUGCUGUCUGGAUCACCUUCGUCCCAGCAUAUGUCAGCUCCCCUGGAAAACUUACUGUGGCAGUAGAGAUAUUUGCCAUUCUAGCCUCUAGUUUUGGACUUAUGCUGUGCAUAUUUGCUCCAAAGUGUUUCAUCAUUUUGUUUCAACCAGAGAAGAACACCAAGAAAUAUUUAAUGAAAAAAAAUUAA